AUGAGAGAGAUCGUGCUCACGCAGGCCGAGCAGUGCGGGAACCAGAUCGGUGCCAUGUUCUGGGAGGUGAUCUCUGAUGAACAUGCCAUCGACUCCGCUGGCACCUGCCAUGGGGACAGCCGUCUGCAGCUGGAGCGCAUGGAAGUAUACUACAAAGAGGCCUCUGGUGGCAGGUACGUGCCCCGCCCUGUGCUGGUGGAUUUGGAGCCAGGCAUCAUGGACUCUGUGCGCUCAGGGCCCUUCGGGCAGAUCUUCAGACCGGACAACUUCAUCUUUGGUGAGCUGUGGGGGAGGACUGGGGUGAGGUUCUUUGGCCGCUCAAAAUCUAGGAGUGCCCCAAGGUCAUCGCGGUGGGAAUUGUGGAGUCAGGGCCCCCAGAACACCCUCCUAUCCUCCGAGUGGAGUGGCUGCAUCUGCCUCCUAAACGGGCUUUGGGAGGAAGGCCCAGGUGUCUCUUCAAGAAGGCGAUUAGGUCCUGGGGGCCAUAGAUGGUGGUUGCUGGGCCUGUGUGCUCAGGGCAGUCUCUCCAGAGGCACAGAUGGGGUUUCUGAACAGGACCUGGGGAGACGGGCAGGUGCUCACAAUGCUGCUUCCCCCAACUGGCAACCAGUGAUGAAAAUGCCCGAGUGGAGGUCUGACCUGCCCCAGUCUGGAGGGCUGAUGCUCUCCGGAAAAGUGGCUAAUGCGACUUCAGAACUGUACAGACAGGGGCCCAGGAGGGAGCAGGGGCUGGGACUGGCAGCUAACCAGUGUAGUGGGGGUUGUAGGGCUCAGUCUGGUCUUGCAGGAAAUUCAGGGAGGCUUGGAUUUGCUGAAGCUCUAGACAAACUUGGGCUUGGAUAUGGAAACAGCAUGGAGCUGGGGCUCUUCUGCAUGCUGGAGUCUGAGUAUUUGCACACUGGUGCACCCACAGAUGUUCCCCACCUGGAGCACAGCUGUGGACAGAAGCCGGGAAAGCUGUGGAGGAAAGAGGAGGAGGAGGGAGUCUCAGGGCGGCCCCAGCAGCCAGGCAGGGCCUCUGAAAGUGAGAGGCAGAUCCAGCCUGUUGGCCACUUAGCAGCUGCUUGGCCAGCUGCAGAUCACCUGACCUCUGCUCACCAGUAA